CAUAAGUCUACACUAAUGCCCAACAAUGUCCCAUUUCACCCUAACUUUACAUUCAGCAAUUAAAAUUCUAAAUUUACUCUCGCUCUCAACAAACAUUGUAAAAUAACGUAACUUUUUUGUAUCAUUAUUCUUGCAUUCCUUUUGUUAUUUAUAUUCUUACAUGCUAAGUCUAACUUUUAAACAGAAAAUUCUUUCUCUUACAUUUUGGACACCACAGAGUACACACCUAACUUGGACAUUGGCAGCCGAAAUAUUGUCAGAAAGGUAGUAAAUGACUGCAUUGAAUGCUUCAAGCAAAGAAAAUCUACUUCCGAACAAAUGAUGGGGAAUCUACCAAUCGAAAGGGUUCGUUUUUCAAGGCCAUUUAGCAAAGUUGGCUGCGAUUAUGCUGGACCUAUCACUCUUCGUUUGGCUCGUGGAAGGAACCCUAAAUUUGUCAAGGGUUACAUAGCUCUUUUUGUUUGCUUUGUGACAAAGGGAGUUCACAUCGAGCUAGUGGGUGAUUUGUCAUCCAGUGCAUUUAUUUUGGCCCUAGACCGCUUUGUAUCGCGCCGAGGAAAACCAACAGAAAUAUGGAGCGACAACGCCACAAAUUUCCAUGGUGCUAAACGGUUUCUCGGGGAAAUGCAUGAAUUGUUAAUGGACCAGCAGCGAAACAAUAUCAUUGCAGAUCAUCUAUCUAAAGACGCCAUUGAUUGGAAAUUCAUACCACCUUCUGCACCCCACUUUGGUGGGCUGUGGGAGGCAGGUGUGAAAUCCGUGAAGAAGCACAUCACACGUGUCAUUGGUGAACAUAUACUUACCUACGAGGAGAUGUAUACUCUUCUCUCCAAAAUCGAAUGUUUACUCAACUCACGCCCAAUGUGGCAAACCUCCGAUUUUGAACCAAUUGCACUUACUCCGUCACAUUUCAUGAUUGGAGAACCAUAUUGUGCAAUUCCUCAACCUGAUUUAAAUUUUUCAAAAUUUUCGAUAAGUUCUAAUUGGCAUCUUUUACAGACUCUCAUGCAAGGUUUCUGGGAGCAGUGGCAUAAGGAAUAUUUGACAUCAUUACAAAACAGACCCAAAUGGCAAAAGGUUCAACGAGAUCUACAGAAAAACGACAUGGUGUUGCUCAAGGAACCGAAUUUGCCACCUUCGAAAUGGAUACUUGGACGAGUCAUAGAAGUUCACCCUGGUGCAGAUGAAAGGAUUCGUGUGGUUACCGUUCGUACCAAGAAUGGUGAUUAUGUUCGACCCAUCGUUAAGCUAGCGCCUUUGCCGUUUUCUGAAAGACCGGAGUCUUCCAGGGGGGGCUGAAUGUUUUGUAAUGAAAAACAUAAGUCUACACUAAUGCCCAACAAUGUCCCAUUUCACCCUAACUUUACAUUCAGCAAUUAAAAUUCUAAAUUUACUCUCGCUCUCAACAAACAUUGUAAAAUAACGUAACUUUUUUGUAUCAUUAUUCUUGCAUUCCUUUUGUUAUUUAUAUUCUUACAUGCUAAGUCUAACUUUUAAACAGAAAAUUCUUUCUCUUACAUUUUGGACACCACAGAGUACACACCUAACUUGGACAUUGGUAACAAAACAUAAAUUGUACAAUACAUUACAUUUAAUUACUUAUAAUAUUGAAUAUUAAAAACAUUUACAUAUACCUAAAUUUACUUAACUUCUUUUUUUGGCAAAGACUUGUUUCUACAAAAUUAAACAUUACAAUACAGUCCACAAACAAACAAACAAAAAAAACU